UUGCAUUCCAGGGUUUCCCCAAUUCCAAAAAUAUUUUAGCCCCACCCAUUUUAAAGGAAACUACAGAGAUGGCCACUAGUGAAACUUGUCUAGAUAUUGGUGACUUGAUUGAUGUUCUUGACUUGUUGAAGAAAUGUAGCUUUCAAAGGACAAAGUGGCAAGAGCUGGGACUGAGACUAGGACUACUGAAAGAUACACUGGAAGCCAUUAAAGCAGAGCAACAUGGUGAUGUGAAUCAAUGCUUGACAGAGUGUCUCUCUCAAUGGCUACGUAGAGCUGAUAAUGUUGACAGUAGAGGAGGAGCGAACUUGGACUCACUGUCAGAUGCUCUAGGAUCUAUGAAUGAAACUGCUGUAGCUGAGAAGUUAAGUGAGUCAACCAUAACUGUAUGUAACUAUAACCAUUGUAUUUUCUAUCAUAGAACAUCAUGCUCUUAUUAAUAUUUUUAAUAAUCGUCAUACUGUCCUGUCUCAGUCUCUUUGUGAUCCUGUUAGUAUUGCUUGGUUACUUUAUGGUGAACGUAUGUUAACACAAGAAGCAGUUAGUAGAGUGGUGUCAGCUAGUCCCUCUAUUCCUAAUCAACGUGAGGCUCUAUUAA